AUGCCUGGCCCCGCAUUCUCAUCAAAGCCGUUCAAAUCCUCUAGAGCGGCUUCCAAAGCUGGCGACUUCUCUUCCCGCUAUCGUGCAUCACUGAGUCGGCACCCGUUCUUGCUCUUCGGACUCCCAUUUCUUGUGACGAUGGUCGCCGGCAGCUUUUUCCUUACCCCCGCUACCGCAUUACGAUACGAACGGUACGAUCACAAGGUCAAGACCUCUCUACAAGAGAAUGCUCUGGGCUUGAAGAAAGAGAGGAGGCAGUUCGAUAUACGGGAAGAGUACUUUAGACUCUCACAGAAACUCGACGAUGACAACUGGGAGAACAAGCGAUACCCAAGACCACCUGGCGAUUCUGACGGCAUACUGUGAUUGUAAGACUGCAUUUGUAUAACUUUUAAGGCGUUGAGGGAGGAUACUUCAAGGAGCAUGAAGCGAAUGGGCUUUUUUGGGAUGAUUAUCAAAAGCUCUGGGACUACAUGCGUGCGAAACAGGGAGCAGGGAAGUCUCGUUAUCUUGGAGUACUCUCGAUACCACUCUGGAUACUGUUGACAUUUGAGUACCUGUUUUACUACUAUUGUAACCUCAUGCGCCUCACUACACAUCCGGAAUUAUUGUCCCAUUGACCUAGAGAAUACUCGUACAUCGUCCCAACUUGUCAUUUUGUUGAGAUUACCUUGAGGAUCUCUGACGCAAUGCUGGAGGUAUCACAGCAACUUCUUGCAAAGACGGUUCUUCGGCAAGCUCAUAAGUUGGAAGUUGACUCUAUGGGAAAAGCGGUCAUGGAAGAGCAUGAGGUUACCCUCGGAUGGGCUGUAUAUGGAGGGAAAACUAUCAAGCUACUGAAUUUUGUGCAAGACUGUUAAUAUU